AUGUGCGUGACACACAUCUAUACCGACUGCUACCCCAAGCGAACAGUCGAGUUUCAUCAAACAAUAGUCUGCCCUAAUGCAAAAGAUGGGAUCUCUUGUGCUGCUCCCAUCACCAACGAACACCCUCCUCGCAUUCUUGAAUCCAACGAUGAACUUUCCAGCAAAGAAUACCUCGACCAAGGACUUAAAGUACCUCCUACCGCUAAGCCUUCACCUCAUAAAUCUACAACAACAAGUACAUAUCGUUACUCUCCAGGUGACAAGAAAGACAAAUCGCCAGGUCGAGAACCUCGUCUUCGUCUUGUAAGAAAGAAAAGUGCUUUGGUCUCAGCCCUCACACCGCGUCGCAAACAUCCUAAAGAACGUAUCGUUAUUGUCGAUGCACCAGAUAGUCCAGAAGGUUCCAAGGCUCUUCCAAAAUAUGCUCCAGAUUCACCCGCCACGGAAGAAUUCUACUCAAAGAAUCUUUUACUAGAUGAUCGUUCAACUCCAAGACGUAGUCCUAAUGGCAGUCUCAAUCCUGUUCGUACGGUCAUUGUAGAACAUCAUCGAGAUCAGAGGGACCAUAGCAAGGAAAGAGAUAGGCCUUUGAAGGAACUUCCAAUUAUUCUAGCUCCCGAACCUCCUUCGCGUUCACCUAGUCGUGAGAAGGCAUUGGUAGAUAUGCGUAUUCGUCGUGAGGAAGAAGAUAGGGAAAAAGAGAGACAAAAAGAAUAUGAGAGAGAUAAACAGAAUACUUUUGAGCUACUUCAUAAAGCAAGGAGGGAACGAAAGAGGGAAGAAGAGAGGGAGAGAGAAGAAAUGAGGAAAGCGGCAGAACUUGAGAGAAGGGAGGUCGAGUAUCAGAAAUUCUUGAGAGAUCGAGAACUAGAGCAAGAAAGAGGUAGGGAAGAAGAACUUCUUCGAGAAAGGGAAAGAGCUCGAUCUCCGAUCGCAAAAGGGAAGAAGAAUUAG